UGAGUUCGAGGCUGCGCCGCCAUAGGACUUGUACAAUGGAGAAACCAUCACUAGAUGUGGUUCUGCAAGCGCUGGACACACUCUAUAGUAACAAGACUGACAUUGAUCCCACACACAAGGCACAGGCCAAUCAAUGGCUUAUACAACUAACACAAUCGGUCCAUGCGUGGGAGGUGGCAGAUCAGCUAUUGCUACUCAACAGAGAUAUUGUGACUAGUCAGUUUGCUGCUCAGACUAUGCAGAGUAAAGUCCGUUAUGCCUUCCACGAGCUCCCUCCCAACACACACACAGCUUUGCGUGAUUCGUUGCUGAACCACUUGACUCUCUUGUGUGAGGCACCCACUCUGGUUGUGCGUCAGGUUGCCAUGGCGUUAGCGGACCUUGCAUUACUGAUGGGAACAUGGACAACUGUCAUUGACGACCUAGUUCAGAGGUUCGGCAGUCAUUUGUCAACUGUCCGAGUUCUCCUUGACGUUCUUAUCAUUCUACCAGAGGAGAUCAAUAAUCGCUACCUUCAUUUGGGUCAAAAUAAGCGUAAGCAACUCACGGAGCUGUUGAGCGCUAGUUCGUCUCAAGUGGUGGGUGUGUUGUGUGCUUGUCUCGGCUCUUGUGGGGAGAAUGAAGAGAUUGCUACUCGAAUGUUUGCUUGUCUUGGAUCUUGGGCUCAACUGCGUGGCUUCUCUGAAGACAUGUUAGCAGGAGGAGGGCUACUAGCUGCACUGUUCAAUACUCUGAACCUACUCAAUGUGAAUGAGAGACUCUACGAUGCCAUCACUGACACACUCUGCUCACUGCUGUACAUGUGUGAAGAUGUUGACAAGUAUCCACAGUUGUCCCUGGAGCUCAAGAUGAGAGUGUUGGCUCUACUGCCAGUGUACCAAGCAGCAGUAACUAGUGAGGACCAGGACAGAGCUUAUAGUCUGUGCAGAGUGUUCACAGAGCUAGCAGAGAGUCUCUUGAUGUAUGUAGUCCAGCACCCUGGCUCUGACCUCGGUGACCUGGCUAUGUUAGACCUCCUACUAGAGUGUGCCCAACACCCUGACUAUGAGGUGGCGGAGAUCACGUUCAAUGUAUGGUUUCGUAUUGGAGAGGAGUUACUGCGUUUAAAUGACUCAGCACAUUCUGCCAUCUUCAAGCCUUAUGUUCAGCGACUUGUAUCAGCUCUGUGUGUGCACUGUCAGCUAGAGGAAGACACUGAUAAGACUAAGGUCCCAGACGAGAGCGACGACUUUAGUGGUUUCCGUGACAACGUUGUUGAGUUGAUUCGAGAUACUGUGUUUCUGUUUGGAUCCCUCAACUGUUUUGCUGAGUUGUAUGCUAAUAUCUGCAAGCCUGGCACAGCUUGGAACAUCACUGAGUCUUGUCUGUUGGUCAUGUAUGCGGUGGCCCCCUCUAUUAGGAGUGAUGAGAGUGAAGUGCUUCCCUUUGCUGUUCCAGUGUUACUGUCCAUGGCACCCUCGACACACUAUGCUGUGAGAGCGACUACACUGGCACUAGUAGCACAACUAGCUGGAUGGAUCAACAAGCAUCCCGAUACACUGGAAACUGUACUCACUUUUAUACACACUUCAUUGCAAUUACCAGCAGUGGCUAGUCAAGCUGCCAACGCAAUCCAGAGCGUGUGUAAUAAGUGUAGGAGUAGGAUGGGGCAGCACUACACAGGGCUUGUGCAGAUUAUUGAAGCUGCUGAUAGACUAGGUAUAAAGAACGAGUCCAUUGUGGGUCUCUUGAAGGCAGUCACUGAAAUAUUGUCAGAGAUGGACAGCUCCUCUGUUGGACAAGGUCUCCUCAGCCUGACCACCAUGAUCAGCAAGCCACUAACUCUGGUGGGUGUGGAUGGCAACGUGGAUGUGUGUGUGUGUGUGGACCGAUUGGCUGCUGUGUUCAGAGCAUGCUCCAUCAAGAACAGCUCUGAUACUAGCCAUCCAGCCAAAGCUGCCAUGACACAACUAUGGCCUCUCCUCAACCAAGUGCUCAAUACUUAUCAGACCCAAGUCAAAGUCAUUGAGAGGACAUGCAGGUGUGUUCGGUUCAUGCUGCGAUGUUCCUCUGUGGCUGCCUGUGAUCUACUGACUGAUAUAGUAUCAACAGCUAUUAGUCUCUACUCCCAGCACCGGCAAUCCUGCUACCUUUAUCUGGGCUCUAUAAUAGUGGAUGAAUAUGGUAGACAAGGUUCCUAUCAGGAGGGCCUUGCCACCAUGCUGGGUGUUCUGGCCACCACCUCACUACCUCUACUAGCAGGGCCCACGGGACUAGUAGAACACCCAGACACUAUUGAUGAUCUAUUCAGGCUCUGUGCAAGGUAUCUCCAGCGAUGUCCUGUAGUGUUCUUACAGAGCUCUGUGGUUGCCACGGUGACCCAGUGCGGGCUGGCUUGCUCCACUCUUGGUCACAGAGAUGCUUUCUCUAGCGUUAUGAAAUAUUUCAGAGAUUUGUUACACCUGCCACAACAAGAAGCAACGAGUGAUGCUGAGAGGCAGUUGUGUGUGUCCACUGUGGAAGCAUUCCUUACAGAACAAGGUCAAGCUCUUAUAGACGGGCUAGUGUCUGGAUUUGUGAGUCUGAGAUCCUUCAUGACUGUGGAAUCUUGUGAAGUGCUCUGGGAGAUGCUGACUUGUGCUAAAGAACACACGUGUGGGUUGCUAAGCAACGCGCUAGCAAGGCUACCUGAGACAACAAGAGCUGAGGUGACGGAGGACCAGAGGUCAGAGUUCAUACACUCUGUAGCAACGUGUAAGGAACUGGAUGACCUUUACCCUCUCAUAAAGAGACUAACUCGAUUGUAUCAUUAACACAUUAGCAAUACAUGACAUGUGCAUCUUUUCUUUUCUAAUAAUUUUAGUUUUUGAACGUUAAUUGUGUAAAGGAUAGUGUUUUCUAUAAUUA